AUGGAGAUGAAGAAUGUGGUUAGUUUGCUAGUAUUGGCAUCUGUUUUGAUUGCUGCAACCAUCCCUCAACCUACCUCGGCAGCCCGUAUAAUCCCUAUUUUUGAACCCCCCAUUAUCCCCUCUGUCUCAGAUAGGAGUUUAAUCCCUACUCCUCAACCCCCCAUUGUCCCCUCUGCUUCAGACAAGAGUUUAAUUCCUAUUCCCCAACCUCCCAUAACCCUCUCUACCUCAGACACAAGUUUAAUCCCUAUUCCCCAACCCCCCAUUGUCCCAUCUGUCUCAGAUAGGAGUUUAAUCCCUAUUCCUCAACCCCCCAUUAUCCCCUCUGCUUCAGACAAGAGUUUAAUUCCUAUUCCCCAACCUCCCAUAACCCCCUCUACCUCAGACAGAAGUUUAAUCCCUAUUCCCCAACCCCCUAUUGUCCCAUUUGUCUCAGAUAGGAGUUUAAUCCCUAUUCCUCAACCCCCCAUUGUCCCCUCUGCUUCAGACAAGAGUUUAAUUCCUAUUCCCCAACCUCCCAUAACCCCCUCUACCUCAGACAGAAGUUUAAUCCCUAUUCCCCAACCCCCCAUUGUCCCAUCUGUCUCAGAUAGGAGUUUAAUCCCUAUUCCUCAACCCCCCAUUGUCCCCUCUGCUUCAGACAAGAGUUUAAUUCCUAUUCCCCAACCUCCCAUAACCCCCUCUACCUCAAACAGAAGUUUAAUCCCUAUUCUCCAACCCCCCAUUGUCCCAUCUGUCUCAGAUAGGAGUUUAAUCCCUAUUCCUCAACCCCCUAUUGUCCCAUCUGACUCCUUAGACAUGAUUUUAAUCCCUAUUCCCCAACCUCCCAUAACCCCCUCUACCUUAGACAGAAGUUUAAUCCCUAUUCCCCAACCUCCCAUUGUCCCAUCUGUCUCAGACAGGAGUUUAAUCCCUAUUCCUCAACCCCCUAUUGUCCCAUCCGCCUCCUUAGACAGGAGUUUAAUCCCUCUUCCUCAACCCCCUAUUGUCCCCUCUACCUCCUCAAAGAGGAGUUUUAAUCCCUAUUGCCUAACCCCCUAUUACCCCCUCUGCCUCGAACAACCUCUUUCCAUCUCAACUCUACUCGUUUGUCCCCAUUAUUCCCUGUCCUUCAGAGAACCCCUCUCAAGAGGUUCGCGACCCAUAAUAUGGGUAAAAGUUAUUCAAGAGGCAAGGGAAACACGUGAAUAA